CGAGCUAGGACGCACAAGUCAAGCCAGGAGAAGGGUCAAUGACUUGAGCAACGGUGCUGGUGUGGCGCGCCAUCUGCUGAGCUGUGAGCGCUCCGCGCUGCCUGUCCGCUGGUCACUCGGUGCCUGUUUCAGCGGCUGGCACCAUGGCUGCACUCGUGUCUGCGCUGCUGUGCUGUGCGUCUGUGGUGCUGCUGCACCUGAUCACCAUGGCGGACGUGUCUUCCGCCGCAGCCCUCAGUCCAGCCCAGCCCACCGUCACUGCACCCCCCAGCAGCAGCGCCGAGCCGAGCUCCACUUCUGCUGCUGAGUCCCCAAGAAACGGUAGUAGCGACGAGAAACGCCAACACGACUGGGACAAGGUGCUCAACAUGUUCUUCGACCUGGUAACGAACAGCAGCAGCGCCGCAUCUCGUCACCACUUUGCAGAGCUAAAGAAGCAGCUGUCCGACCUGUCCACCGGACUGCACCAGGACUCUCAGUUGUCGGCGCACAGCUCAGAGGCCAUCGGCCGUCUUUUGGCUGGCUUCGAGGGCCUUCAGCAGCAGAUACAAGAACUCCAGACGGAACAGAGCGGAGUGCAGAGCGAGAUGGAUGAGCUCCGAAGCAGCGUUGCUCAGAUCCGGGAUGUGGUGACUCAGAUGAUGCCUCUGCUGGUCUCUGUUCAUCGGCAGGUCCUGCUGUCCUGUCCGGACAACUGGAGCCGACACGGCGCCUCCUGCUUCCUCGCUCCUGCACAGAGCGUCACGUGGCACGACGCCAAUCGCACCUGCGUCCAGAAGGACCGGCGCGCCCAACUGGCCUCCAUUCAUGAGGACAAUGCCGACUUUAUCCACCAGCUUCUCAGAGAGACCCAAGGAUCCAACUUCUGGAUCGGGCUGAGGCGGAGCUCUGAGGAUCCAGGCUGGGCCUGGACGGACGGCUCCCCACUGGACCACACCGCCUGGCGGGCAGGGGAGCCCAACAACGUUGAGGGCGAAGAGAACUGUGUGCAUGUGAACAAACGGUCACACGGUUUACAGGACUGGAACGACAUCGAGUGCUCCCGACAGAUGAAGUAUCUAUGUCAGAUCACAACCCGUCAGCAUAAGACGCCCUGGUAGCAAGGGCUGGAGGAACCCAGUGAAAUGGUACCGUCAUGUUCGUAUCGUGUCUCAUGCAUUUAUGUCGUGUCUACAACUGUCAUCAUGACUCUAGUCUCUAAUACAGUCGCUUGACUUACUUGUAAUUUGCAAAUAGCUAUUCGAAUACGAUUACGCGGACAAUAAUUGCCACAAGGACUCAAGGUCGAGUGUUGCCGCAACACUGUGGUGACCGAUCCAGAGCUGGCUUGCUACUUCAUAUGUGAGGCACUUAAACGUUCUAACGUGCCAGCUUAUUGACUUGUCAAUGCCUGAGCCUGCCUGUGUAACAAUAAGUCAUUGUAUCUGCUAGCAUCUUUAUCCGUGUUUCGGACUGCAUGUUGAUUGUUGAGUUAGCCGCACGCAAUACAAUUGCAAUCAACU